UUGGUAACUGGCACUAUACACCUCUACAUUUUUGCCUUCGCCGCUUCCAAGUCACAGCUCCAUUGUGAUCUUCUCACAUUCGAAGGCCUUUUAUCCUUCGACUGUUUGCCAAAAUCUUAAGAUUCUAAGCGUGUUUCAUGACUCUUCGUUUCCUUUUGUAGCCCAUCUUUAAUGCUUGGUUAAAGGUGUAUGGACUGCGAGUUGAUAUAUAGGAAGCACUAGUGUUUGUUGUGUGUGAAACUCCCAAGGGAGAUUGCGCGGUGGGCGACCUCAUUUCAGUGAUUUCUUGAUCCAAUCUGGGUGAUGGGUCGUCGUGGAAUCUUGAUUUGGUGGUGAAUUGUGGAAGGAAUCGGUGAAAGAUGCGGAGGCGGCCGGCUGAUUACCGGCGCCCGGUUCGGAGGAGGUUUUCAUAUUGGAUCUGGGCGCUUCUUGGGUUGUUCUCUGUUGCCGGGUUGGUUCUGUUUAUGGUUCAGCAUAAUUAUCACGAGGAUCGGGUCGAACAGCCGACACUGGAGAAAAAUGCAAGAAGUGAACACAUUUCAUACAAGGGUUUAAAUUUUACUGAAGAAAUAUUAAGUGCUACCUCAUUGGCCAGGCAACUGGCUGAGCAAAUAUCACUUGCCAAGGCUUAUGUCAUUAUUGCAAAAGAGCACAAUAACCUUCAGCUUGCUUGGGAGUUCAGCUCAAAGAUUAGAAGUUGCCAGCUUUUGCUCUCAAAAGCUGCCAUGAGAGAGGAACCCAUCACAUUGGAGGAAGCAGAGCCCAUUAUUAAAAGUCUAUCUGCUCUAAUCUUUAAGGCGCAAGAUGCCCAUUAUGAUGUUGCUACCACAAUAAUGACAAUGAAAUCCCAUAUUCAAGCCCUUGAACAGCGUGCAAAGGCAGCCACAAUUCAGAGCACAGUGUUUGGGCAAUUGACAGCUGAGGCACUACCUAAGAGCCUCCACUGCCUAAAUGUUAAACUCACAACUGAUUGGCUCAGGAAGUCAUCCCUGCAAGAGCUUGCAGAAGAGAAGGGAAACUCUCCCCGACUCGUAGACAACAAUCUCUAUCAUUUCUGCAUAUUUUCAGAUAAUCUUCUGGCUGUCUCUGUAGUUAUCAACUCUACUAUAUCCAAUGCUGAUCAUCCAAAGCAGCUUGUCUUCCAUAUUGUCACAAAUGGAAUCAACUAUGGAGCAAUGCAAGCUUGGUUCCUCAGUAAUGACUUCAAAGGGUCCACGAUUGAAGUACAGAACAUUGAGGAGUUCUCUUGGUUGAAUGCUUCUUAUGCUCCAGUUAUGAAACAGCUUCUUGAUGCAGAUUCACGAGAAUAUUAUUUUAAGGGGUCUGAAGAUUUGGAGGUUGAACCAAAGUUUCGAAACCCAAAGUACAUAUAUUUGUUGAAUCACCUACGAUUUUACAUCCCAGAGAUUUAUCCACAGCUGGAGAAAGUUGUUUUCCUUGACGAUGAUGUUGUUGUCCAGAAGGAUUUGACCUCACUUUUUUCAUUGGAUUUGCAUGGAAAUGUGAAUGGAGCUGUGGAAACUUGUCUUGAAGCAUUUCAUCGUUAUUACAAGUAUCUCAAUUUCUCAAACACAAUCAUCAGCUCAAAGUUUGACCCACAGGCUUGUGGAUGGGCAUUUGGUAUGAAUGUUUUUGAUUUGAUUGGAUGGAGAAAAGCGAAUGUGACUGCAAGGUAUCAUUUCUGGCAGGGUCAGAAUGCUGACCAGACACUAUGGAAGAUGGGCAUCCUUCCUGCUGGUCUUUUGACCUUUUAUGGACUAACAGAACCACUUGAUCGAAGAUGGCAUGUACUAGGAUUGGGUUAUGAUCUGAACAUUGACAACCGUCUGAUUGAGACUGCUGCAGUGAUUCACUUCAAUGGAAACAUGAAGCCAUGGCUGAAACUGGCUAUUGGCAGGUACAAGCCUCUGUGGGAACGGUAUGUAAAUCAGAGCCACCCAUACCUUCAAGAUUGUGUCACAAGUUGAAACAUGCUACUUCAUAAUUGUGGGUAAUUUAUGCGAUCCUCAAUAUUUUAUUUCUCAACUUGUGAUCGCUUUAUUGUAGGGGUCAGAGUGAAAAUUUUUGGCUCUCUUAGCAGCUUUUCUUUUUCUUUAACUUUUUUCUUUUCUUUUUUGUUAUAAUAUCUUGAAAGGGAAAAAUGAUUCUUAUACAUUAGAGUAUAAACCUUCUAGGUAAUGGGGUGUGGAGGAUUCAUUUUUGGCUGAUGGGGUGUUCUUUUUUCCCCUUCUGCAAGCUGUAGAAUCAUUUGUUCUGUAGCCAUUUUUGUAAUAAUCUCAAAGCUCUUUUGGAUUUCAUUUGUAAUUGAAACCAGAUACUGUUUUCUUCUCGUCUGUCAUUUUAAACCUGGACCAGAUAAUCUGGUCUGUAUUGUAAGAUAAUUUACUUCUAGAAUGCAUUCUCUUCUCCA